AGCCAGAAAUCUAGGGAAAGACUGAGAACUUGCAAACCUUAUUUAGUUCUCUAAUCUCUUAUCUUUCUCUCCGUCCAAGAAUGGCUACCCAGAUGAGCAAGAAGCGAAAGUUUGUGGCGGAUGGAGUGUUCUUCGCUGAGCUGAACGAGGUGUUGACGCGUGAGUUGGCGGAGGAUGGAUACUCUGGCGUCGAGGUUAGGGUUACUCCCGUCAGGACGGAGAUUAUCAUCCGAGCCACUCGUACUCAGAACGUUCUCGGUGAGAAAGGAAGAAGGAUUCGGGAACUGACAUCAGUGGUUCAAAAACGAUUCAAGUUUGAGGACAACACUGUAGAAUUGUAUGCAGAGAAGGUGAACAAUAGGGGGCUUUGUGCCAUUGCCCAGGCUGAAUCCCUGCGUUACAAGCUGCUUGGCGGCCUGGCAGUCAGGAGGGCGUGCUAUGGUGUUCUGAGGUUCGUCAUGGAGAGUGGAGCCAAGGGUUGUGAGGUUAUUGUCAGUGGGAAGCUGAGGGCUCAGCGUGCUAAAUCCAUGAAGUUCAAGGAUGGUUACAUGAUUUCUUCUGGUCAACCCGUCAAGGAAUACAUUGACACUGCUGUGAGACACAUUCUCAUGAGACAGGGAGUGCUUGGAAUCAAGGUCAAGAUCAUGCUUGAUUGGGACCCCAAGGGAAAGCAAGGUCCCAUGACCCCUCUGCCGGAUCUUGUCACUAUUCAUCCUCCCAAGGAAGAAGAAGAGUACGCUAGGGCACCCAUAAUGGCUGUCCCAACUGAUAUUGAAGUCCCAGUUUCUGCUUGAUUAGACCACCUGCUAGUUUCUGUUUUUAAGGUUAGGAGGAUACUAUAAAACCAUGUUUUGAGGAUUAUAUUAUAAACAUCAUAUGAGAACUCUAGCCAGAUUUUAUUGAGAUAAUCCCAAACCUCAACCAAAUUAUACAA